CGGAAUAGGUGACGAUUUAACUAGCUAAGGUAAGUGACUGGGAAUUAAAAUAAUACUUUUAAUGCGGCCCGUUGAUCAGUUUGAUAGAAUACUGUUUUUUGGAUAUUGAAGCGGAGACAGACGUGGAGUGCAAAAGUGUUAAAGGCGGAUCCAUCUUUACACUCAGCACUCAUUGAAAUAAUAAUAAUAAUUUAUUGUCACCACAUGGAACCCAUUCCCUUUGUUGAACAUAUGAAGACCCCUACUGACCACGGUAAUUGGACAAAUUGAUGUGUGACCAAAGCGCAGAGAUGCCUGCAGGUGAUACCGGUCCAGAUGGGGAAGAGCCCGCGUUACCGUCAGCAACAGGAGGUGGUGGAGAGGAGGCGAGGAUGUUGUCAGGGCAGCAGGACAGAGGGGGGCAGCCAGAGCACCACAAGGAGGGAAAGUGGAGCUUCAGGUGGAGAAGUAGAACAGGAAGACGAAGAGAUGACUAGUGGAUCAAAUGACCUCUCUUCCUCGGCCAAUCACAGCCCUGGUAGCGUCACAGGAUCCACCUCAGCUUCAACCAAAAGCAGUGAAAAUACAGAUGGUAGCAGAGGGCAUGCCCACAGAGAGGUGAUGGUCACUGUGGCUGAGAUGAAGAAGAGGAUUCCAUCAGACAAACGCAGUCGCAGCAAAGCCAGCACUGUGGAGGCCUUACAUUACGCACUCAACUGUGUCAAACAAGUGCAAGCCAAUAGCGAAUACUACAAACUGCUGAUGCGAAAUGGCCAGGAUGAUAGAAGAGAUGCCACUGUUUGCACUCUGGAAGAGUUGGAGAGGGUCACCUCUGAACACACCCUUAAAAACACGGACUCCUUCGUGGUGGUUUUCUCCUUGUCGAGUGGCUGCGUGCUAUAUGCGUCAGAGCAGGCUCCCAGCAUCCUGUGCUGCAAGAGGAAGUUCCUGGAGUCAGCCAAGUUUGUGCAGUUGCUCUUCCACCAAGAUGUUAAUGUCUUCUACUCGCACACGGCUCAGCCACAUCUGCCACCCUGGAGCAACUCGCAUACAGCGGGGGUUCUGUUUGACUGUACCCAGGUCAAGUCUUUCUUCUGCAGAAUCAGGGGUGGGAAGGACCAUGAAGGUGAGAUGCGUUACAACCCAUUUCGGGUAACACCCUACCUGCUGACGGUGCAGGGAACAGGAAGCAGUGGGGUAGAUGACGAGCCGUGUUGCCUAGUGCUGGCUGAACGCAUCAUCUCUGGAUAUGAGGCUCCUCGAAUCCCCAUGGAGAAGCGCAUCUUCACCACUACACACUCCGCCGGCUGUGUGUUCCUGGAAGUGGAUGACAGGGCUGUGCCGUUGCUAGGAUACCUUCCCCAGGAUCUGAUUGGCACAUCGUUGCUGACUUGCAUUCACCCAGACGACCGCCCCCUCAUGCUGUCUGUGCACCGGAAAGUGUUGAAGUAUGCGGGCCAGUCUCCGUUCGAGCACUCUCCAGUGCGUCUGCGCUGUAAGAAUGGAGACCACAUUACAUUGGACACCAGCUGGUCCAGCUUCAUCAACCCUUGGAGCCGCAAGGUGGCCUUCAUCAUUGGACGGCAUAAAGUCAGGACGAGUCCACUGAAUGAGGAUGUGUUUGCUGCUCCAACUACAAAGGAUGUCCCAGUCACCCAUGAGGAAAUAAAAGAACUGCAAGCAAAGAUUUAUAAGCUUUUCCUGCAGCCGGUCCAUAACAAUGGUUCCAGCGGUUACGGCAGUUUGGGGAGUAAUGGCUCCCAUGAGCACUACAUCAGCGUGGCUUCUUCAAGUGACAGCAAUGGUAACCUGUGGGAGGACUCACACCGGGAACCGAUGACUUUGCAGCAGAUCUGUGCUGAUGUCAAUAGAGUCAAAAACUGGGGCCAGCAGGCUUAUCUGGGUUCCAACCACAAAAAUGAUCUUUACAAACCAGCCACAGUACGUCUACCCCCUGCAGUCUCCAACCCUGAGGUCAGAGAUCAUGAAGAAGGCAGGAAGCAAACGCACAUUCCCUCCUAUCAGCAGAUCAACUGUGUGGACAACAUCAUCAGAUAUUUGGAGAGCUGCACAGGCCCAGCUCUUAAGCGGAAGAGUGACUCUUAUUCCCUGGCGAACUCCUCUUCCUCAUCUUCUACCUCUGAAGACAACAAGCCUGCUGGAGCCACUGACACAGCUCAGGCCAGCUCAGAUGUGGUGUUGGACAGUGCGGCGUCCGUGGCCCCAACGGCAGCAGCAGUUGUUGGAGCGCCUCUGACAGACAUCACAAUGUCCACUAAGGCCAUGAGUGUAGUCUCUGUCACCAGCCAGUGUUCGUACAGCAGCACCAUUGUCCACGUGCCACAGCCUGAAUCAGAGGCCGCAGCUUUGGAGGAUGCCCCGAUGGGCAGUGAGCCUACUGAUGCUGCUUCGACCCCUCUCUGUCCCGCCCCGAGCCCCGCCACAGAGGAACGAAGGUUCAUAGGUCUCACCAAGGAGGUGCUGUCAGCUCACACCCAGAAGGAGGAGCAAGAGUUUGUGGAUCGAUUCCGCCAUCGCAUCCUCCAGAGCCCCUACAGCUCCUAUCUGCAGCUGGACAACAGCUCUAUGGCUCACUCCCAUCACCCAGGCAACCACCUACAUCCAGUAAGCGCUGGUGGGUUAAACCGCUCUAGGAAAGGAAAGCCCAGACACAAGCGCCCUAAACCCCAGGGUUCCUCAGACAGCUACGCUUCCCCAGUUGGCCCUCCUUGCCGUGUCCCAGACUCCUCCUGGCCCUCCUCAGAGUCUUCCCAGCCCCAGAUGGUUGCAAGCCUUCAGCCAGGUGGUUACAGGGCGCCCUACAGCCAAACAUCCCCACUACAGGCGCCAUUCAUUCCCGUGAUGGCAACCCAGCCUGGCCCGGAGCAACCACCUAGACUACAACAGCUGCCUGAAGCAACCCCCAUGGUGCUGCAGCCUUCUGACCAAACGCAGCUCAGCUACAACUUCAACAUCAUGCAGUCUCCUCAGAGUCUGCCAGGCGUGCAACCAAUUCAGAUGGAGCCCUUUCAGAAUCUACAAAAUAUCCAGAACUUUCACAACCUUCAGCCGAUGGCUCCAACUCAGAGCAUCCAUCCUUACAUGACUCCAGUCAUGGCUGUCAUCCUGCCCAGCUACCCAACUCUAGAUUACCCGUCCAUUUACCCACCAUCCAUUUACCCUCCGUCCACUCCUUCCAUGCUGCCCCAAGCACCCAUCGACAUGGCAGGCUUUGCUUCUGGCAGUGUCCCCUUCCCCCAGCCUCAGUUCCAAGUCCAGCCUGUCCCCACCACUCAGACCAGCCUGGGCCCUCUGCUUUGCACACCCAGAGCCAGCUCCUCUGUUGGGGAAGAGGAGGAGGCAGCUGGGCCUCAGGCUCUUUUUUCCAGCUCUCGCUCAAGUUCUCCGCUGCAGCUGAACUUGCUGCAGGAAGAGCCAAGUGAAGGACAGAGCAGCAUCGGGCACAACCACGCUAAAAGCCUCCAUGAACAACAUGCCAACCAGGGUGAUAACCCCAGAGAGUCUGGGAACCAUGAUGCCCAGUCUACAUCCAGUGAACUGAUUGACCUGCUUCUGCAGGAGGAUGCCAGGUCAGGGACUGGCUCCAAUGCGUCAGGGUCUGGAUCGGGGGAGUCUGGAGGCUCUUUGGGAUCUGGAUCUGGCUCCAACGGAACCUCCACCUCACUCACAGGCAGCAGCAACAGCAGCAAAUACUUUGCAAGUAAUGAUUCAUCGGACACGUCACGCAAAGCCCGUAAGAGCCAGGAGGCACCGGCAGAGCACCAGCACAGCUUCGACAUUCAGGUGGAGAACCCACUGUGGAGCAGGAUCAAGCACACGCCUGAGUGUGUCAUGAUGACGUACCAGAUCCACACUAGGGACCAUAAUGAGGUGUUGGCAGAGGACAGGGAGAAGCUCCGGGUGCUGCAGUCCCUCCAACCCUGGUUCAGCCAGGAACAGAGAGCGGAGCUGUUUGAGGUCCAUCCCUGGAUCCAACAGCAGACUAUUCCAAAGGGGAUUGACACACAGGGUUGUGUGAGUUGUAACUCGGGACCAGAGGUCGCCCACUCCCCUCACCCUACUGCCCCCGAUAGCUCGUCCUCUCUGGAGAUCCCCCAGCAGGACUCCAUCGAACCUGUGGUGGACACUUGAGAGACCUGGACCCCAAAACAACCAACCACCCAACUCACAUUGAACCAGCCCUGCAGAAACCUUAACAACUCCCACCAUGCAUCUCUUCUGACCAAUCCGGAGGAGUAGCUCCCUAUGCUUUAGUUUGACGUUUAACAUGUUUGUUAAGGUAUCGGAGGCAGGACAAGGCUCUGAGGAACAGAGGAGGCAAAAGAGACAGGCAUUUUCUCAUUUUCUUUCAGCCGGCCUAUUGUGACUGCCUUUAUCUGACCAUACAUAUUAUACCUCUCUUCUUGUCGUGUUCAUAGACCCCUGUAGGGGUUUAGUUUGUAUUUAAGGCUGACCAGUAAUAGGGACCAUGAACCACUUGACUCUCACUAUAAGAAGAUGGCCCCUGAACAUGCCUCUGAACAUGAGCACUGUGUGCACUGCACACUCCCAGUCUGUCGUGUUAGUGUGACUGGAUGACAAAGACAAAGAUGGUGCUAGCCCAGUUUGAGUAUCAGAACACACACACCAGACUCUUCUCUGCAGGUUGUACAGUAAGUCGACUACAUCAAGACCUUGAGCUGCAUAGUAACUUAACAGUGGUUGAUAUAUGGUACAUUUUUUGGAUUGACAUGAAGAUGACGCAUUAACUGCGAUCUGUUUAUAAUGUUUAUAAUCUUGUCUACUCUGGCCUAAGAUGAUUGUUAUUAGAGUAUAUUCUCUUAUUCCAUUGGUUGGUUUCCUCUUGUC